UUUGUACUCGCACUCGAAAUAUCACGCGCCCCUCUUCCUUGUGUCCUCCAUUUCUCCAAUUUCCCUAACUUCUCUCUCUCACAUCGAAUUCCUCUUUUCUCUCUCUAAAUUUCAUUUUCUUCCUUCUUUCUUUCUUUUUCUUUUCUAUUCUAUAUAAGAUAAGAAAAGAAUGUCGUCGGCCGGAGCAGAUGGUGGCGGAGGCGCUGCCGGAAAUCAACCACAGAAUUACCAUUGCUACCAAUGUGAACAGACAGUUACCAUUACGCCAUCACCAAAUUCAGAGCUCUCAUGCCCAAAUUGCAAUGGUACGUUUUUAGAAGAAUCGGAAACCGCACCACCUUCCAACCCUAAUCCCAAUACUCAUCCCUUCUUCUCCGCCGCCACUACCGAUGACCUACCUUUUGGAGGUGGAUUUCCGAUUGUUUUCUCUUCAAACGCUGCUUCACCUGCCGGUGGUGCUGUCGGUUUUGAUGAUCUUUCUGCUUUAUUUGGAGGUAUGGCUGGUGGUUCCGCUGCUUUACCAGGUCGAUCCCCCAAUCAAUUUGACCCUUUCGCUUUCCUAAACAACUAUUUUAGUAGUAUGAGGGGUGGGAAUAUUCAGUUAAUCUUCGAGAAUCAUCCUGAUGGAGGCGGUGGUGGAGCUGGUGGUGAUUUUAGGAUUCCGGGGAAUCUAGGUGACUAUUUUCUAGGGCCUGGGCUUGAGCAAUUGAUUCAACAGCUUGCUGAAAAUGAUCCAAAUCGUCAUGGUACACCUCCGGCUGCAAAGUCGGCUGUUGCUGGGCUUCCAGAUAUUAAGAUCACUGAGGAGUUGUUGGAUUCUGAUUCAUCUCAAUGUGCAGUUUGUAAAGAUACUUUUGAACUCGGCAUGGAGGCAAAGCAGAUACCUUGCAAACAUAUAUAUCAUAAGGAUUGUAUAAUGCCAUGGCUGGAGUUGCACAAUUCUUGCCCAGUGUGUCGAUAUGAGCUGCCUACUGAUGAUCCUGAUUAUGAGAACAGGAAGACAUCACAGCAGCAGACUGCCAAUACUAGUAAUACAAAUACCAACACUAGUAAUAAUAAUACCAACAACAACAAUACUGGUGUGAUGUUUGGGGGUUUAGAAGGUGGGGGAGAUCAGGACAGUUCUCAGACAUCUAGUUCAGGGGAGAGGAGGCUUAGGAUACCAUUGCAAUGGCUUUUCAGGGGACUUGGAUCACCUGCUGAGACGAGCAACAGUGGAGGAGCAAGCAAUGAUGCUAACAAUCGCAACAACAACAAUGCUCCUAGUGGGGAGUCUAAUCCAGGUUCUGGAGGGCAGCCGAGGCAGGAGGAUCUCGAUUAAAGUAUGGAGUAGAGUUCUGAGGAUAGCCCUUGUAUCUCAAGUUGUAAAAGAAAGCGAGAAGUAGAUAGUGUGCCAGUUAUAAAGAUUGUUGAUAGAAAAAAGAAGGUUCGGUCCAGUUUCACAUUAUUGUAUUCUCUCCUUUACAAUUUUAUCUGUUGGCUUUGAAGGUAAUUAUGGUUGCACUAAAUCAAUUAGAUAUUGGAGCUCGUCAUCGUAAUUAAUAUUUUACAAAAGCAAAAACUAAUGUUACCAGUGAUACUUGAAAA